CCUGGGAUUUGAGCCUUCUAAUCUGCGACGAGCGUUUACCAGCCACUGAUCUAUGAUGGCUGGCAGUAGAAUGGGCCCCACGGCAGGCGUAAUGAAGCGAUUAAAGUUGCGCUUGCUGGCGUGCUGUUUUCCUUCUUCUCGUUCUGUUCUUUCCAACUCCCCAGCCAUUUGAACACAUAGCACGAACGUCCUCCUAGUACAAGUUCUUUUGUGCACAACACUCAGUGAAGUUCAUGAUGGAAACUGUGUACCCUUCUCCGAUGGACGAUACCAGACAGCCCUCUGAUAUCGAUUCAACAUAUCAUUUUUCUCAACCUGGGUCUGAUUGCCAGAGCGACUGUCACAGUCGAUCAGUUCCCGAAUAUUACAGUGUUGAAAUCUCCAACAUUGAAAUGACCCAGUUACCAAAAGUCGGAUGGCUUUCGCUUGAUGACCACUUUUGGCUUCAGAUCACUGCCGACGGUAAAGUAGAAGAAACGAGCGUAGAGGGUCGUGGCUCUCUGCGCUGGCAACACAAGUUCACUUUCAACAUGCGGAAGUCAUCCGCACUCUCCUUUCAGUUGUAUGCUCGGCGUUAUGUCCAUGAAAAUAAAUUCAUAGGCAAGGUGGAAAGAUGCGUCGACACGCUGGUGACACAUCCAGACGAUACUGUCUUCAGGGGUUGGCAUAACCCUGAGUAUACUGACAGUCUCGAACAUACAUCCCUGAUAUGCAGGAUCACGAAAAGGAAUAUCUCUCCUGAUGAGGCAGCCGCGUCAGCAGCAAAGGCUCAGCUAUGUAUCUCUAAGAUCAUCGUUCACCACCUUCCAAGAAUUAGUGUCACGAAGGUACAAAGAGGACACUCACCACAAUGGGAGGGUGAAUAUCGUUGUGAAUACCGAAAGGACUCUCGAAUCCAACUGAAGAUCUUCGCGCAUCGCCGUGUUCACGAGGAUCAAUUUGUAGGUGUAAUCAGCGAUGAGGUAGAGUCUUUACUGCGGCGGGGCUGCGACAGAUUUCGGAGAUUGAUCAGAUCGGAAAAGAGCACCCACUUCCUGCAAGCAUGGAGUUUCAAAUUGCAUCCUUGACCCCACCUACUUCAGAUGGCUCCCAGCGUGCGGACGGUAAACAUGACAUCCUGGGUGGCGGGGGGGUCGCCCACGCACUAACAUCGACCACAAUUGCUGUGGAGGUCUCAGAUAUUUACUUGACUCAACUGCCGAAAAUUGGAAUGGUCGCAUUCAAUGAUCAAUUUUUUGUCCAGCUGGUGGUCGAGGAUAUCAUGGAGACUCAAACGACCAGCUCAAAAACUCAGCAGAGUGGUUCGAUAUGCUGGAAUGAGAAAUACAUUUUGUAAGUUAGGCCUUGGAAAUUCAUCCACCAUCAUUAUUAACUAG